AUGGCUUCAAUGGAUCAUAGUGCUCAAGAUGAAUUAGUAGAUUAUGAAGAUGAUGAGAAUAUAUUAGAUAGUAAAGAUGCUAAAGGGAAUUUAGGAAAUAAUAUUUUAAAUAAUAAUAAUAAGGGUGGAGCUAUGAGAGGUAGUUAUGCAACUGUGCAUACAGGAGGAUUUAAAGAUUUUUUUUUAAAACCAGAAUUAUUAAGAGCAAUAAGUGAAAGUGGUUUUGAGCAUCCUUCAGAGGUACAGCAAGAAACUAUUCCCGCAGCAAUUACAGGAACUGAUAUCCUUUGUCAGGCCAAGAGUGGUAUGGGAAAAACAGCCGUUUUUGUUUUAUCCAUUUUACAACAGCUUGAUACGAAUGAAAAUCAAGAUAUGCAGGACACGAAAGAAAUGAAUAAUGACAACAAUAAUAAUGGAGACAAUAAAUUUGUUAGGUGUCUUGGUUUAGCACAUACUCGAGAGUUGGCUUAUCAAAUAAAGAAUGAAUUCGAUAGGUUUAGUAAAUAUUUAAAAAAUGUAAGAUGUGAAGUUGUAUAUGGAGGUAUAUCAAUGAAUAAGCAUAUAAAAUUAUUUAAAGAAGAUAAUAUUCCACAUAUAAUUAUAGGGACACCAGGAAGAAUAUUAGCAUUGAUAAGAGAGAAGUAUUUAAUUACAGAUAAAAUUCAACAUUUUGUUUUAGAUGAAUGUGAUAAAUGUUUAGAAAAAUUAGAUAUGAGAAGUGAUGUUCAGAAAAUUUUUAUAUCAACACCUUUAAAAAAACAAGUUAUGUUUUUUUCAGCAACUAUGGCUAAAGAAAUGAGAGAUGUGUGUAAAAAGUUUUUACAAAAUCCGGUGGAAAUUUUUAUUGAUGAUGAAGCAAAAUUAAAAUUACACGGAUUAUUACAACAUUAUGUUAAAUUACAAGAAAAAGAUAAAACAAGGAAACUUAUCGAAAUAUUAGAUGCUUUAGAAUUCAACCAAGUUAUUAUCUUUGUUAAAUCAGUUACAAGAGCUAUCACAUUAGAUAAAUUAUUAACAGAAUGUAAUUUCCCAUCCAUAGCUAUCCAUGGAGGUCUUGAACAACAAGAAAGAAUAGAAAGAUAUGAUAAAUUUAAAAAAUUCGAAAAUAGAAUCUUAGUAUCAACUGAUUUAUUCGGAAGAGGUAUCGAUAUUGAAAGAGUUAAUAUUGUUAUCAAUUAUGAUAUGCCAGAAAAUUCAGACUCUUAUUUACAUAGAGUAGGACGUGCUGGAAGAUUUGGUACCAAAGGUCUAGCCGUUACUUUUGUUUCUUCACAAGAAGAUACUUUGGCAUUGAAUGAAGUCCAAACAAGAUUUGAAGUUGCCAUCUCAGAAAUGCCAAAUAAAA